AUGGAAGGGCUCUCCGUGGCCGCCAGCCUCGCCGGCAUCAUUUCGCUUGGCAUCCAUGUCACGCAGUCUCUCGUCGACUUCUACACGGCGUAUAAGGACCAGCAGUCCCACGUUGCCCGUACUAUCAAAAAGCUGGAACAUCUCCUCAACUUGCUCAAGAGUCUACACGAACAGUUGACGGGCCGCCAAUUCCGACCUGACGAGCACAGCUUGCUCGAGAGUAUCGAGGACUCUAUAAAAGACUGCCAAGAAUAUAUCGAUGAGCUCCAGAUCGAGAUUCUCAAGUUCAAAGUCAAAUCUACCGAUGGUAUCAAAGCCGUCGCCCAGACUAGUGCUCGUAGGCUAGCCUAUCCUCUGAGACAAAGUACUUUGCAAAAGCUUGACGAAGACGUCAACGAAGCAGUCUGCCAUUUGUCCCUGGCGUUACAGGUGCUGCAGCAGAAUGACAUCGGCAACGUUCAGGACAAUGUCGAGGAUACCAAGGCAUUACUCGAUCUUGUCAGAUCAAGCCAGGUCUCGUCAGAUAUUCGCGAGUGGCUCAGGGCUCCCGAUGCCACCAAAAACUACAACGAGGCAUGCCAAAAGAAGCAUCCAGGCACUGGCCUCUGGUUCGUCAAAAGCUCCUCUUUUUCUUCUUGGCUUACGAGCCCCAAUUCUUUCCUGUGGCUCAACGGCUUCGCGGGAUGCGGCAAGUCUGUGUUAUGUUCUACGGCUAUACAAUACGCCUUUCGGCAUCGAAGUUCAAAUCCACGCAUCGGUCUCGCGUUCUUCUUUUUCACCUUCAACGAUGAUACCAAGCAAGACGCCUCUGCUAUGCUCCGUUCGCUAGUUGUACAGCUAUCAUGUCAGCUCAAUGACAAGCACGGGCUCCUAUCACAAUGGCACAACAGCUACCGCAACGCGAUGCCACCCAAUCAGGUCCUCAUGGACUGCCUCUACCAGCACGUGCGAGCAUUUGAACAGACUUACAUUAUCUCGGAUGCACUUGAUGAGAGUCCCUUGCAUAAGGACCGGGGGGAUAUGCUUCAGAGACUCGUCGAUAUGCGGGGCUGGUCCGAGCGUGGUUUACAUCUCCUUGUAACAAGCCGUGAUGAGCCAGAUAUUCGCCGUAAACUUUGCGCAUUACCACAUGAGACCAUCUCAAUGAAGAACGAUUUAGUCGACAACGAUAUUGCAGACUUUAUCUCUCAUCAUCUGAAACACAAUGAACAGCUUGAAGCGUGGGAGGAGUAUUAUGAUAAGAUAGAAAACGUGCUCACGAAGGGCGCGAAGGGCGUCUCUAGAGUCUUGCCCGGAAUGCGAGGACCUGCUCGACCAACUGUUGGAUUCACUGCCUCCGUCGCUGGACAAAACGUACGAACGAAUGCUCUUGAAUAUUGCCCCGGCUUCCAAUACGCUCAGCGGAUAUUGACCUUGCUAUGCUACGCUAAACGACCGCUGACAGUGUCAGAGCUUAUUGACGGAAUCGCUGUGGACCUGAGGGAGCCUCCAACAUUGAAUCCGAAACGGAAACUGAAAGACAUCAACGCAAUCCAUAAGGUCUGUCCUGGGUUAAUCGAAGUUGACGUGGAUCCUCGAGACAGCUGGACCACUGUACGAAUCGCGCAUUUUUCAGUACAGGAAUAUCUGGAAUCUGAACGAGCGGUGGCCACAUUCAGAGUACGACGAUCAGAGGCUCAUGCGGAAAUCGCCUUGAUUUGUUUGACUUAUUUACUAGAAGCUGUGCUAUCGAAGGAGCCACCCACAGAAUAUCCCCUUGCAUUGUAUGCCGCGAGUACUUGGCCUGAACACUUUCGUGACGGAGAUGUCAGCAACCACAAUGCUGAGCACCAAGUCCUCCAGCUAUUUCGAAGUCCCCGGGGAGAAUUUGAGAGAUGGGUUAAGAUAAGGGGUGGCUACGGCAGCUAUGGGGACAAAUUUCCAUUACCAAUUUACUAUGCAUCACUUCUUGGGCUGGAUUUUGUUCUCUCAAAGUUGCUUUGUGAGAGCCCCUCAACAAGUUCUUUCUCAGCGCUCAGCCUACAGAAGGUUUCGUGUUUGGUCAAUGAACCAGGUGGAGUGUACGGAAACGCGCUCCAGGCGGCAUCAGUCAAUGGCCACGAGAAGGUGGUUGAGCUCCUGCUGAGGAAGGGUGCCGACGUCAACGCUCACGGUGGGAUGUACGGCAACGCGCUAUUUGCAGCAUCAGUGAAUGGCCAUGAGAAGGUGGUGGAGUUGCUGCUAGACAGGGGCGCAGAUCUCAAUUCCCCUGGGGUCGGUGAUUAUUAUGUACAUGAUGCGGCAGCAGAAGCUGCUAAGACCUAUGAGAAGGUGGCUGAGAUGUUACUUGGUUUUGGUAAAGGCGCCGUUAUCAACGCACAAGAUCGACAUUACGUGCACCGGACAUGGCAAGGCAGUAUGGGCUGGAGUAAAGGGGAGCUUACCCUACAAGACCUUCAGAUUACACUAAUCUUACUAGAAGGGCAGACUAAAAGGCGACUAAUGGCGGCAAGAGAAGAAGAUGUUACCGCGUUAUAUGCAGCAUCACUCAAUGGCCACGAGAAGGUGGUCGAGUUACUACUAGGCAAGGGCGCCAACGUUAACGCUCAAGGUGGGAUUUACGGCAACGCGCUGCAGGCAGCAUCAUACCAUGGCCGCGAGAAGGUGGUCAGACUACUACUGAGCAAGGGCGCCGACGUCAAUGCACAGGGAGGAGAGUGUGGCAGCGCGCUUCAGGCGGCCUCAUAUAAUGGCCAGGAGAAGCUCGUCGAGCUGCUGCUGGGCGAAGGCGCCGAUGUCGACGUUUGGGUUCCGGGUAGACCUUGCGGCACUGCGCUGUUUGUAGCAUCAGACAGAGGCCACGAGAAGGUGGUCGAGCUUCUGCUGCGCAAGGGUGCUGAUGUUAACACUCGAGUUCAAGGUCGCACCACGCUCCAGGCUGCCUCAUUCAAAGGCCACGAGAAAGUUAUCCAGCUGCUGCAGCGACCACAACACGAACAAAGAACCUCUGUCGAGCAACGGUGA